AUGUUAAAACAGGAAGAACCUCAAAAAUUGUACUUUGAAGAAAUGAAAAAUAUUAGUGAAUUUUCACUAGAAUAUACUAAUUGUUUGGCUUCUUCUUUGAUUGUAAGCAAUAAGUUUGGGUUAUUUGUUCUGAANAAUUUAGAAGAUAUUUUUUCUAUAGAUUAUAUGAGAAGAGAAUGGAGACCAUAUUUAAUAGAUAGAAAGCCUUUUGUCUUAUUUUAUACCAAAAAAUAUGAGGUAACUAUGAAUAGGAAUUAUUACUACUGAGUGUAUAUAAUUUAUUCUAUUAAUUGGAGUUAAACUAUGACUGUUGAAUAAUUUAUUUAAAGUACUUUAUGAUAUCAAAACCAGUAAACAUAAUAGUUAACACAUUAUAUGAAUGAUUAAAUAUUAUAUUUGAAAUGAAAAAUAAAUAUGGUUUAAUUAUACAUUGUUACCUAAAUAAUAAUACUGUAGUAUGAAUAUAUUGGUAUUAUUGUGUUAAAAACUGAAAGACAUAUACAUUAUAAAAUGAAAUAAUUUUAAUAGUCUAAAAUUAAAUAAAUCACAAAUUUCAGAUUAAAUAUAAGUCAGUAACCUUAUUCUUAUUCGUGCAUUAAUAUUGAUAUAUUUAUUACAUUAUUUUUAUUUUUUUUUUUAGAUACAAUUUAAUGGAGUCACUCAAAAAAUGCAUAUUUUGAUAAAUGAAACUAUCUAAAAACUUUUAACCUACAAGAUCAAUCCAUUACAGUUAAAUAUCCUUUAAAUAGAAAUAGAUAAAAGUUUUUCAUACUUUAAAAUAAUAUUUUAAAGUUUUAAAUUUAAAUUUAAAUUAAUAGAAAAUCAAACAAUUGAAAAGUACUGUAAUGGAUCAACCCUAUACUGCACAGUACUUAAGUUCUAUAUAGAUCAAUCAUUUUAUUAGAAGUUCAAUGGACAACCAAUAUACUAUUAGACUCCAUGUACGGUGAAGAAUUAUAGUUAUUAAUUUUAAAUUAGAACUGUGCGUUAAAAUUAAGGAUAGGCCAUAUCUAACUAUUCGAAUACCUAGUUUACCUGUUUGAUAGUCCCUAAUAAAAUAAUAUAUUUUCAACACAAUUACAAAUUGCUAAUAAUAAUAUUAAAUAAUAGUUAUGUAAUAAUAAUAAAAAACAAAUUUUACAUACAAUAAAUACCUAUGUAAGAUUCAAGUAUGUGAAAUAUCUACUCACAUUACUUUAAUAAUGAUAUUCUAAAUUAAAUUAAAAUCAAUACAACAUAAGUAAAUUUAUAAGUAAAUUUGUAUAUUAUUGAGGCAAUAUAAUUUGAAAAAUAGUGUGAUAUGAUUAAUUACAGGGUACUGAAAAAGUGUAUGGUUUUGUAUUGAUUUUAAUUUAAUUUAGAAUAUCAUUAUUAAAGUAAUGUGAGUAGAUAUUUCACAUACUUGAAUCUUACAUAGGUAUUUAUUGUAUGUAAAAUUUGUUUUUUAUUAUUAUUACAUAACUAUUAUUUAAUAUUAUUAUUAGCAAUUUGUAAUUGUGUUGAAAAUAUUUUAUGUAGAUGAAUAAUUAAAUAUAAAUGGAAUUCAUUAGAAAUAUAUUAUAUUGCAAGUAACUUUUAAAAGAUUAUUGAUUAUAUUUAAUCAACUUUAAAAUCACAUUUAAAAAAAUAAAAACAAUAGUUUAAGUAGUUAAUACUGAACAAUAUAAUUGCUUCUUAUAUAUAUUUUUUUUUUUCAGAAGAAAAGGUUUUUUGAAAAAAGGAAAAGUUUGAUUGUUUUUUAACACGUCACUUAUAUGGAACUGUUGCUUUGGUUGGAAUUGGUAGUGACAAAUUAGAUUAUUAUGAUAGUUAUGAUGGUGAAAAAGUAAAUAUUCGGAUUGCUGCAGCAAGUAAUUAAAAUAUGCAAAUUUAUUUAAAUUUUGUUGAUCAUAUACAAAAUAAUAUUUUUAUUUUAGAUGCAUUCCGAUGUCUUAUAGAUUGUGGUAUUGACGAUAUUUAUGUAUCCACCAUGGGUGACCACGAGACCACGAGCAGCAGAAGGUUCAAUAUUAAGCUUUUGGAAAUUUCAAGAAUAUAA